AUGGGCAAACACAAAGUCGAAAAGAAAGAGAAAAAGUCAAAGAAGGACAAAAAGCCCAAGGAUGAGUUUUCUGAAGGCACGGAUGUUGUUUCUUUGGAUCUAAGUGGUGAAAGUGACAACGAUACCUUGACUGUGAAUCAGGAAUAUGCUCAACGUCUUGACCGUAACAAGAGCCGUCAAGAGUAUGACACCUUGAAGGAAAAGUACGGCUCAGAUAUCGAUGAGGAUUCGCCCUCCGAGGACGAAGAUGAUGUCGGCGAUCUUGUUACAGAGGAGAUCGACCAAGGUAUUGAGAAGGUUAUCGAGACUAUUCGCCAUAAUCCUGAAGCAUUGAAAAACCCCGAGGUCAAAUUCUUCCCUGAUGUUGAUAGUACUCUUCCAACUAAGGUGAAAAAGGACAAGCCAAUGUACCUGAAGGACUAUCAUCGGCAGACUUUAUUGUCUAAUGCGAAGGAUGAAGAAAUGCCUACUGAAGAGUCUUAUAACGAGUUACAAGCUCGUCAAAAAGCAGAAUUAAUCUCAGCACUCAAUGGAGAUGUUGAUGAAGACGAGGACUUUUUGACGAAGCGGACUGAACAGCGAGAAGUUGAAGAGAUCCAAUUGCCCAAUCCUGAAGAAGAUGAGGAUGGGUUCCUUAAAGGAUUCCUUUCGAGUAAAGGUUGGAUCCCUAAAGACGUUGAUGAGGUUACUGGAGAUAAAAAGGUUCCUACAUAUGGUGAGAUUGUCGAAGAGGAUAGCGAUGAGUUUGACGAUCUAGCUGAUAAGUUUGAAACGGCAUAUAAUUUCCGGUUCGAAGACCCCGACGCAGCCGAAGUUAUCAGCUAUGCUCGUGACCAAAGCACAAUGCGCCGUAAGGAGGAUAGUUCUCGUCGGCGAGCUCGUGAUAAGAAGCGACAACGGCGUGAAGCUGAGGAAAAUCAACGUAAAUUCGAGCUGGCUCGUUUGCGAAAGCAUAAAGUGAACGAAGUAACUGAUAAGCUUGAAAAACUCGCCUCAGUUCUCGGUGAUGAUGAUAUUUCUGCCAAGUUUACCCAGGAAGAUCUUGAAGGAGAAUGGGACGAUGAUGAGUGGGAUAAACGCAUGAAGAAGCUGUUUGACGACGAGUUUUACUCCAAGCAGGAUGAUGAUUGGAAUCCUCAGGAUUCUGUAGAACCUGGGGCAGAAAUCGACGCCGUAGGCGCUGAUGCAGAAGUUGAGACUCAAGCCGAGCCUGAGGAAGAAACUAAACCUGUCAAAAAAGAGACUGAGAAGAUUAAAGAGGUGAAGCCUUUGACCGAGAUGUCCAAAAAGGAGCUCAAGAGAAAAGCCCAAGAAAUUGUUGACGCCAACACGGAUCUCUUACUUGACGAGACGUUCAAACCAUCAGCCCAGUUCUGUUACCGUGAAGUUGAAGCUGAAUCGUUCGGUCUUUCGACGCGAGACAUUCUGCUGGCAGACGAUAAGGAUCUCAACCAGUAUGUUGGCUUGAAACAUUUAGCACCGUACCGUGAUGCAGACAGGGUUUCUAAAGACAAGAAACGGUAUGCCAAAAAGCGGCGUCUUCGCGAAUGGCACAAGCAAGCGUUUGGCGCCGAAGAAGUCGACACGGACGAAUUAUGGGAAAAACUGAAGAAAGAGACUGCUGGACCCAUGCCUGCGAAGAAACGUCGGAAGCAGAAAAACAAAUAA